CUCCACUUCUUUACCCGGUAACCAGUGUCCAACAGACACCUCUCCUGGGUGUGGCAGAUUGACCCACAACCUACUACUGCAGCUGGCACCACAGAGCACUUCCCAGUCGCCAGGCUUCCAGCAGCCGUGGACAGAGGAGUGUGCACCCCUGCAGGGUGCAACCCAGCAAGGCACAGCUACAGCAUAGAAGCCACAUGCAUAGCUGCCCAUCCUGCAUCCAUGGUGCCUACUGGCUUUGGAGGAGAGGCUCCGCUUACAUUCGUUCCUAUCAAAGUGACAUAGCUUUGCCCCAAGCAAGCGCAGCCCCCCAUGGUGUGUUUCCAGAAUUCCCAGCCUUGCAUGAAGGAGAAAAGACUGUCCUGAAGGAGGUGACAGAGCAGGCUGAAGCUGAGCCCUGGGUGGUGAUGGAGCACUCAGACCCAAGGAAAGCUGGCUCCGAGCAGGAGGAGGGCUUUGGGGUACAGCCCAGGACAGUCACCGAUCUGGGCAUGGUCCCUAAUCUCCGGCGAAGCAACAGUAACCUUUGCAAGGGCAGGAGGCUGCAGUGUGCCUUUGGCAGCAGUGAGAAGCAAGAAAAUCUUAGAUCAUGGAUCCCUGAAAACAUCAAGAAGAAAGAAUGCAUGUAUUUUGUGGAGAGUUCCAAGCUGUCUGAUGCUGGGAAGGUGGUGUGUGCAUGUGGCUACACCCAGGAGCAGCACCUGGAGGAGGCCACCAAGCCCCAUGCCUUCCAGGGCAAGGAGUGGGACCCAAAGAAGCAUGUCCAGGAGAUGCCGACAGAUGCCUUUGGUGACAUCAUCUUCACUGGUCUGGGCCAGAAAGUAGGAAAGUACGUCCGAGUCUCCCAGGACACACCCUCCAGCGUGAUCUACCAUCUCAUGACCCAGCACUGGGGCCUGGAUGUCCCCAACCUCCUCAUCUCAGUGACCGGAGGGGCUAAGAACUUCAACAUGAAACUGAGACUGAAGAGUAUCUUCCGGAGAGGCCUGGUCAAGGUGGCCCAGACCACAGGGGCUUGGAUCAUCACAGGGGGGUCCCAUGCCGGCGUGAUGAAGCAGGUGGGCGAGGCAGUGCGGGACUUCAGCCUGAGUAGCAGCUACAAGGAAGGGGAGGUGAUCACCAUUGGAGUGGCCACCUGGGGCACCAUCCACAACCGGGAGGGACUGGUCCACCCCAUGGGUGGCUUCCCUGCUGAAUACCUAUUGGAUGAGGAAGGCCAAGGGAACCUGACCUGCCUGGAUAGCAACCACUCCCACUUUAUCCUCGUGGACGACGGGACCCACGGCCAGUAUGGGGUGGAGAUUUCCUUGAGGACUAAACUGGAGAAGUUCAUAUCGGAGCAGACAAAAGAAAGAGGAGGUGUGGCCAUCAAGAUUCCCAUCGUCUGUGUGGUGCUGGAGGGCGGUCCAGGCACGCUGCAUACCAUCUACAAUGCCAUCACCAACGGCACGCCCUGCGUGAUUGUGGAGGGCUCAGGCCGUGUGGCUGAUGUCAUCGCCCAGGUGGCCGCCCUGCCAGUGUCUGAGAUCACCAUCUCCCUGAUCCAGCAGAAGCUCAGCAUGUUCUUUCAGGAGAUGUUUGAGACCUUCACCGAAAGCAGGAUCAUCGAGUGGACAAAAAAGAUCCAAGACAUCGUCCGACGGCGGCAACUGCUGACCGUCUUCCGGGAAGGAAAGGAUGGCCAGCAGGAUGUGGAUGUGGCAAUCCUGCAGGCCUUGCUGAAAGCCUCUCGGAGCCAAGACCACUUUGGCCACGAGAACUGGGACCAUCAGCUGAAGCUGGCCGUGGCGUGGAACCGUGUGGACAUCGCCCACAGCGAGAUCUUCACUGACGAGUGGCAGUGGAAGCCCUCAGAUCUGCACCCCACAAUGACAGCCGCCCUCAUCUCCAACAAGCCAGAGUUCGUGAAGCUGUUCCUGGAGAACGGGGUGCGGCUGAAGGAGUUUGUCACAUGGGACACCCUGCUCUACCUCUACGAGAACCUGGAGCCGUCCUGCCUGUUCCAUUGCAAGCUGCAGAAGGUGCUGGCCGAGGAGUCCGAGCGCCUGGCCUGCCCGCCCGCCGCAUCCCGGCUGCAGAUGCACCAUGUGGCCCAAGUGCUGCGCGAGCUCCUGGGGGACUCCACACAGCCACUGUAUCCCCGGCCCCGGCACGGGGACCGGCCGAGGCUCUCGCUGCCUGUGCCACACAUCAAGAUCAACGUGCAAGGAGUGAGCCUCCGGUCUCUCUACAAGCGUUCAACAGGCCAUAUCACCUUUACCAUGGACCCUGUCCGCGACCUCCUCAUUUGGGCCAUCGUCCAGAACCGUCAGGAGCUGGCAGGAAUCAUCUGGGCUCAGAGCCAGGAUUGCAUAGCUGCAGCAUUAGCCUGCAGCAAGAUCCUGAAGGAGCUGUCCAAGGAGGAGGAGGACACGGACAGCUCAGAGGAGAUGCUGGCACUGGCUGAUGAGUUUGAGCAUAGAGCCAUUGGGGUCUUCACCGAGUGUUACCGGAAGGACGAAGAGCGAGCACAGAAGCUGCUCGUUCGUGUGUCAGAGGCCUGGGGGAAGACCACCUGCCUGCAGCUUGCCCUGGAGGCCAAGGACAUGAAAUUUGUGUCUCACGGGGGCAUCCAGGCUUUCCUGACCAAGGUGUGGUGGGGCCAGCUGUGUGUGGACAAUGGGCUGUGGCGGGUCAUCCUGUGUAUGCUGGCCUUCCCGUUGCUCUUCACGGGCCUCAUCUCCUUCAGGGAGAAGAGGCUGCAGGCUGUGGGUGGCCCAGCCCGUGCCCGUGCCUUCUUCAGCGCACCUGUGGUCAUCUUCCAUGUGAACAUCCUGUCCUACUUUGCCUUCCUCUGCCUCUUCGCCUAUGUCCUCAUGGUGGACUUCCAACCCACGCCCUCCUGCUGCGAGUGUCUCAUCUACCUCUGGCUCUUCUCCCUGGUGUGCGAGGAGACACGGCAGCUCUUCUACGACCCUGAUGAGUGUGGGCUGAUGAAGAUGGCGUCUCUGUACUUCAGCGACUUCUGGAACAAGCUGGACGUUGGUGCCAUCCUGCUCUUCAUAGCUGGACUGACAUGCCGGCUCAUCCCGGCGACACUGUACCCCGGGCGCGUUAUCCUCUCUCUGGACUUCAUCAUUUUCUGUCUCCGGCUGAUGCACAUUUUCACUGUCAGCAAGACGCUGGGGCCCAAGAUCAUCAUCGUGAAGCGGAUGAUGAAGGACGUCUUCUUCUUCCUCUUCCUCUUGGCCGUGUGGGUGGUGUCCUUUGGGGUGGCAAAGCAGGCCAUCCUCAUCCACAACGAGAACCGGGUGGACUGGAUCUUCCGAGGGGUCGUCUACCACUCAUAUCUCACCAUCUUUGGGCAGAUCCCGGCCUACAUUGAUGUGCUGGGAAUCGAACCCAGAACCUUGCACCUACUAGGCAAGCGCUUUGCCACUGAGCUACAUUCCAGCCUUGAUUUGCAUUCUCUGAUGACUUGAGCAUCUUUUCGUGGGCUCACUGGGGCAUUUGCAUAUCUUUUUUGGAGAAAUGUCUAUCCUUUAGCCACUUCCCUCUCUGGUUAAUGUUAUUUUUUAAAUUAUUAUUGAGUUGUAAUAAUUAUUACAUUAAGAUACCAGGCUCUUAUCACAUAAAUGAUUUGGAAGUAUUUUCUGUCAUUACACGGGCUGUCUUUUCACUGAUGAGAAACUCUCUUCGAAGCACAGUUUUUAAUUUCAAUGAAGAGCACCUAUCAAUCAUUUAUAAAAACACCAUUGUGAUUUUGGUGUCAUAGCUAAGAGACCAUAGUUUAACCCAAGGCCACAGAUUUUUCUUCUAAGAGUUUAUAGCUUUAGUUCCUUCUUUUGGCCUUUGACCUGUUCAGAUUAAUUUUUGUACAUAGUGUGAGAUGGAGGUCAUUCUUCUACAUGUGGAUAUCAGUUUUUCCAGCGUUAUUUGUUGACAAGACUUCUUUCUCGUUGAAUUUCUCGGCAUCUUUGUGAAACUGGACCGGCCAUUAAUGUAAGAGCUUAUUUCUAGACCUUCAGUUCUGUUCCAUCGGGGUGUCUGUCUAGCCACACCAGUACCUCACUGCCUUGGUGAUUUCAGCUUCACGGUGAUCUGGAAAGACUGAGUACUCCAGCUUGUUCCUCUUUCCAGAUUGCUUUGACCUCUAGCUGGACACUUCGAACCCUCAUGAAUUUUGGGGCAGUUUAUUGAUUUCUCCAAAAUAGACAUCUGGAAUUUUCAUUUUUUUAGAUCUUUAUCUUGAUUUUUAAAAUAAUUUUUAGCCUAUGGGUCUCACACUUCUAUUAUUACACUUAUUCCCAAGUAUUUUAUUCUUUCCAUGCAGUGUUAAUCUUUUUUUUUUUAAAUCCAUUCCCAUCAAAUUGAGCUCUCUGAGGUUGGGACCUGUGUCCCCCAUAUACUGUGGCCUUGGGAAGUGGGCAGGCGGAGACGGCUGGAUCCUGGGUGUGCACACGUGCCAGCCUGGGGGGCAGCUCUGGCUCUGGGCUUCCAUCCAUAGCCCCACUUCCUGCCUGAGGAAGCUGCCGAGUGCACACAGGUGCCUUGUACCGAGCUGUGUCUGGGCCUGAGCUGACAGCCGAGCUCCCCAGUGUACUGGCAUCCAUGCCGUGGAGGUCCUCAGUGGUGACCGAUGGCCAGGGUCCCUUCCUGACAGCCCCCAUGACUGCACUGUUGUCUCUGCUUGCCCACCCCCACUCCCAACUCCAGGCGUGAAUUUCAACA